AACGUAGGGAUGCUCUGGUGCAGGGAUGCUGUAACGAGCAGGGAUGCUGUAACGAGCAGGGAUGCUGUAGCAUGCAGGGAUGCUGGGAUGGGCAGGGAUGCUGGGAUGGGCAGGGAUGCUGAAGCACACAGGGAUACUGGAACAUGCAGGGGUGCUGGAGCACGCAGGGGUGCUGGGAAGUGCAGGGAUGCUGGGAUGUGCAGGGAUGCUGGGAUGAGCAGGGAUGCUGGGAUGUGCAGGGAUGCUGGAGCAUGCCGGGAUGCUGGGAUGUGCAGGGAUGCUGGAAUAUGCAGGGCUGCUGCGAUGAGCAGGGAUGCUGGAUGUGCAGGGAUGCUGGGAUGAGCAGGGAUUCUGGAGCACACAGGGAUACUGGGAUCAGCAGGGCUGCUGGGAUGAGUAAGGAUGCUGGGAUGUGCAGGGAUGCUGGGAAGAGCAGGGAUUCUGGAGCACGCCGGGAUGACAGGAUGUGCAGGGAUGCUGGAGCACACAGGGCUGCUGGGAUGAGCAGGGAUGCUGGGAUGUGCAGGGAUUCUGGAGCAUGCCGGGAUGCUGGAGCAUGCCAGGAUGCUGGGAUGAGCAGGGAUGCUGGAACAUGCAGGGCUGCUGGGAUGAACCGGGAUGCUGGGAUGUGCAGGGAUGCUGGGAUGAGCAGGGAUUCUGGAGCACACAGGGAUACUGGGAUCAGCAGGGCUGCUGGGAUGAGUAAGGAUGCUGGGAUAAGCAGGGAUGCUGGGAUGAGUAGGGAUGCUGGAAUGUGCAGGGAUGCUGGAGCACGCCGGGAUGCCGGGACGAGCAGGGAUGCUGGAGCACACAGGGAUGCUGGGGCAGCGAUGCCCGUGGAGCCCCUGAUCUGCGCCGACACGGCCACACGGGUGAGCUCCGUGCUCAACCGGGACGUGAAGCAGUUUGGGAAGAAGCACAUGUUCGACGCGAGCGAGGAGACGUGCUGGAACUCGGACCAGGGCACGUGCCAGUGGGUCACCCUGGAUUUCCCCCGCACCGUCAAGGUCUCACAGCUCCACAUCCAGUUCCAGGGGGGAUUCUCCAGCCGGCUUUGCAUGCUGGAAGGCUGCAGAGCAGGGGAAGAACUGGUGAAAAUCUCCGACCUGUACCCCGAGGACACCCACGCCAUGCAGAGAUUCCAGGUGGAGGAGACGGUGCUGGAUAAGCUGAAGAUCACCUUUGAGAACAGCACGGACUUCUUCGGGAGGAUCGUGGUGUACCACCUCGGGGUGCUGGGCGAGAGGCUCUAGGGCAGCGGCGAGGGACAGUGGGGGGCUGCUGCCCCAUCGCCCGCGUUCCCCCAGGGGGGCUCUGCUGCGUGGGGGGAAACGGGACAGCAAACCCUGCCAGCGGGGACGUGAUGCCCCCAGCUGCACCCCAGGGUGCUGAGAGGGGACCCCCGCCCCACGGGAUGGCAGUGACAGAGGGACGCUAGCGCAGAGAUCCACGUGCUGGACUUCUGAGCUUUCGGCGGGACGCAGCCUGUGUAACCGGCCAAAUAAAUGGUGUCCUCGCGCCUUCUUGGCUGCUCCAUGGGCAAGUGGCACCCCGGGACCGAGCCCUCUGGGGUUUAUCGUGGCCGUGCCAGUGUGUGGCUUGCGGGGGAGAGAGGAGAAGUGCCACCUCCUCGUGCUGUGGGCUCUGGCUCACUCUCACCUUUGCUAACCACCCCGGAACUUCUCGGAGUGGCUGUUGGUGGCCUCGCAGGGCUACAG